GACUAUCACAAAGUGAUCACUUUGUUUUGCUUUCGUUUGCUGAAAUAACAUGGCUUUUCAGUGUCAGAGGGACAGUUAUUUGCAGCAGUUUGACACGUCUGUCGUGUCUUGCGUGCCUGCAGAAUUGAAACUAGAGAAUAAUGGGAAAAAAGAAAAGCUGAAGGGUUUUAAUGUGAAUCUGAAAGACACGAUUCUGUUUCCAGAGGGUGGAGGACAGCCUGAUGAUCAUGGGACGGUCGGUGGUGUCCCAGUCCUGCGUGUGGUGAGACAGGGUCCAGAGGCUGUGCAUUUCAUCAGCUCUGCCCUGGAGGAGGGUCAGGAGGUCCACAUCAAACUGGACUGGGAGCGACGGUUUGACCACAUGCAGCAGCAUUCGGGUCAGCACUUGAUCACAGCUUUAGCUGAGACAAUGUUUGGAUACAAAACUACCUCUUGGGAGUUGGGCCGUCAGCGGAGCAGCAUAGAGCUGGACACAGCCUCGGUGAAGCCCGGAGAAAUGGAAGCUUUGGAGGCUGCUGUGAAUGAGAAAAUCCGUGCACACAUUCCAGUCACUGUCAACCUUCUGUCCAUUGAUGAUCCAGCUGUGGAGAAGGUAAGAAGCCGUGGUCUUCCGGACGACCAUGCUGGGCCCAUCAGGAUCAUUGACAUCGAGGGCGUAGACGCCAACAUGUGCUGUGGGACUCAUGUGUCCAACCUCAGUCACCUACAGAUUAUAAAGAUUUUGGGGACCGAAAAAGGGAAGAAGAACAAAACCAACCUGAUUUUCAUAACGGGCAACAGAGUGCUAAAGUAUGCUGAGAAGAGUUACAACAUUGAAAAAUCUCUGACCGCCCUCCUCAAGACAGGGGCUGAUGAGCAUGUUGAUGCCGUGGACAAGCUGCAAAAGACGGUCAAACGUCUUCAGAAGAGUAAUCUUACUAUCCUGAGGGAUAUGGCGGUUCUGAUAGCGCAGAACUUCAAAAACAAAACGGACAGAGGAAACUUCUUCAGCUUACACAACAAAGAUGGUGAUAAUGAGUUCAUGAACAUCAUCGCAAAUGAAAUUGGAUUUCAGGACACAGUGAUUUUCCUGACCGUGGGUGAGGAGAAGGGUGCAGGACUGUUCCUGCUCGCAGGGCCUGAGAAUAUCAUCACUGAAGUGGGACCUCGAGUGUCAGAGCUGCUGCAGGGUAAAGGAGCUGGAAAGGCUGGACGUUACCAGGGUAAAGCCAACAGUCUGGUGAAGAGGGCAGAGGCUGAGUCCUUAUUGCGGGAGCAUAGCUGCAAACUCACCGCAGGAGAGGAGUAAAACAACCGCAGACACAUGCUGACAUACAGGUGCGUUG